UUCACAGAGGUAAAUAUUGCAGUAACGCGCAUUCAUCUUAUUUUUUUGUGCUUUGUUGUUAACUUCUUCUGACGCACCAAUUUAACGUGUUUUCUAGCAGUGAUCAUUGUGAGAUUUCAGGCAGCGAGGAUGUCCGCUCGAGUUUAUUUCUUGUUUGCUGUUUUAUCGUGUGUGUUUGGAUACCUGAACACAACUCGCACCAUUCAAAGACAAAGCACAGGGAAGCCGGGUCAGUGUCCCAUACCGGAGAUGAUUCCACUGUGGGCUGAAAGCUGUUUCAAUGAUGGACACUGUCCGGCCACACAGAAGUGUUGCCCAACCACCAGUGGCUUUGCAUGCAGUGAACCACGUGGUCCAGUACAGGGCAGCGGACCAGACCAGGGAAGCCGGCAGGGACAGCGUAGAAGACGAGGCCAGGCUAGCGGACAGGGCAGUGGACCAGGACAGGGAAGCGGACCAGGUAAGGGAAGUGGACAGGCUAGUGGCCACGGACCGGGACAGGGUAAGGGAAGCGGACAGGCUAGUGGCCACGGACCGGGUAAGGGAAGCGGACAGGCUAGUGGCCACGGACCGGGUAAGGGAAGCGGACAGGCUAGUGGCCACGGACCGGGACCGGCUAAGGGAAGCGGACAGGCUAGCGGCCACGGACCGGGACAGGGUAAGGGAAGCGGACAGGCAAGCAGCCACGGACCGGGACAGGGUAAGGGAAGCGGACAGGCUAGCGGCCACGGACCGGGACAGGGUAAGGGAAGCGGACAGGCUAGCGGCCACGGACCGGGACAGGGUAAGGGAAGCGGACAGGCUAGCGGCCACGGACCGGGACAGGGUAAGGGAAGCGGACAGGCUAGCGGCCACGGACCGGGACAGGGUAAGGGAAGCGGACAGGCUAGCGGCCACGGACCGGGACAGGGUAAGGGAAGCGGACAGGCUAGCGGCCACGGACCGGGACAGGGUAAGGGAAGCGGACAGGCUAGCGGCUACGGACAGGGAAGCGGACAGGGUAAGGGAAGUGGACAGGCUAGCGGACAGAGUAAGGGAAGUGGACUGGGCCAGGCUAGCGGCCACGGACAGGGCCAGGCUAGCGGCCACGAACUGGGACAGGUCAAGGGAAGUGGACUGGGACAGGUUAGUGGACUGGGCCAGGGAAGUGGACGGGCUAGUGGACAGUCUAGCUACUGGAGAGGGGGUCAGGAACCGUGGUGCCCGUGGCAAUAUGGACCAUGGUGCAGAUGGGGACCGUGGUGGUAGCUGGCCAGGGGAUUGUUCAGUUAAAUUGUCAGGGCGUGGUCAUUGAAAUGGUCAUGGGGAUUUUGCCUAACACCUACUGGAGAUCUCUCUAAUUCCGUGAUCUUCAUAUGGCAUGUUAUCCCUGUUUGCUCAACCUUUUUGAUUUUCUGCCUCUCCUCAACCACCUUAAAUAAAAAUUGCUUUAUUGAAGA